AGAAUGAUUAAAAGUUCCAGAAUGUUAAAUAGAAAACAAUCUCCCGCGCUACACGUUACGAAUGGCGCUUUUUUUUAUCAGCUGACCUAUUUAAAUACGUCACGGUUCACGUUCAAAGUUUGAUUCGUCGUUGCUAGGCAACGCGAAUCGAUUCGUCGAUAACUUCCGACAAGUCAUUAACCUAAAAAUACCAAGAAGAACGAUUCCUCUCGAAAUUGUCAUGCAGUUGCCAGAUGCGAUGCGCUGAGUUUUACCAACAGACGUUUUUGUACGUCUAAUUUUUUUUUAAACGCGAAUAUAUUUAUAAAAUUUAAGUUUUACAAAGCGUACAAUGUGAAACAGAAUGUCACGAAAAGGUUUUUUGGUGAAAGUCGAGUUCGACGUGCAAAAAGUUACGUGUCCGGGCGUGUGGUUGUGUUCGAACGGAAAAGUUUCUUUGCAAAUACACAUGUUCGGAUCUGCCGUGCAGACGAGAAACUGCAAACCCGCGUUUCCUCUGAUAAUUUACGAAAAAUUCGUAUUUUCCAAGAUUUUCCAUCAAGACAGAAGAUUGAACGAAUUACAGAGACGUCUCAAUAACGAGUGGUUCUACGUCGAAUUGAUACAAUGGAAAUCUUGCGACGAGGGCCGCGUCCUCGCCAAGUUCAGGACAACUUUAGACGAAUUGUUGUACCCUACGUCCUUCAGAAAUUCAAUUAUGGGAGUAAAUAUUGAUCUUUUAAUGGAAAGCAGCGAGAUAUUUCCUGGGAAAUUGGCACCGAAGCUAGAAAUUAGUACGAAAACAACUGUAGAAGAAACAAUAUUCGAUUCGGAUUGUCAACAUUCCAAUGUUACCUUAAUCAACCCCAAAGCAAUUUUUUGUAAACCGUUAUCCGAAGAAAAUAAAGGGGUACCUAGAAAAGUAUGUCAUUCCGUUGGGUUUAGCAGGGCUCAGAGAAAUAUACCGACGAAGAAGAAGAAAUCGCGACCUCCUUUUAAAUAUUCCAAAGUUUCCGACGACCUCAUAUUACGUAAUAAUCCCAAUAUUGUGUUGGGAUCAGAAUAUCGAGUUGCAAACAAGAAAAAACCUCGUUGUUGUUAUUGUACGAAUCGGGUAGUACGGCCCUGUACAGAAUGCGAUUGCAAAUUCGAGGGGACGUCCCACGAGAAGUCAUGCGCAGUGUGUUCCCUUUAUGACGGAUAUUUUACCGAAACCAGCGCCGCCGCAACCGAUAAACCGCAUAACAUUUCAACCGAUUACGAAUCGAAAAAAAUAUGCGAUUUUUGUAAAAACGAUUAUCAAAAUAUCGGUAAAUAUCGCGUGACGUCCAAAGAUGGUUUUCCUUGUGAUUCGGACAGCGAUUUUUCGGAGAGAAGUAGAAAAAUAUGUUUGUGUUUACCGGGAAAUCGGACGACAUCUUUGGCCCAACAAUUACACGAAAGAUUAUCUAGAACUCUUGACGCUAAUAGCAGGGUGUGGCAACAUUGCGUCGAUUGUAGAACGUAAAAUAUUUGAAAGAAUAUUGUAGUAAUAUUAUUUAUAUCACUUUUAUACACCACGUGCAAUAAAUAUAAAUUAAUAUUCAAUAAUCGAUUAUCUCUAAACAAUCGAAUGAUUCGUUCCGAACAUCGCCAACAUAAACCUGCCGAAUAAAAGAGAAGCUCAUAGUAGGGGGGAUUGGGACGUUUUUUUUUUUACGCGGGAUUAGUUUUGUUUUUAAUAAUGAUUCUGAUCAAUUAAUUUUGGUAGUGGCUAUAAAAAGGAAGUGACUACUGCGCUGAAGUACUUAAUUUUAUUUGGAAUUAGAAAAAAAAAUUUACGAAAAUAAAACGGGGUAAUUGACAUGUUUGUUGAAAAUUUGGAGCAUUGUACAGGGUGGUCUUGAAUUUUUUUAAGAAAAAUAAAAUAUUUAAUAAGCUUCGUAAUUCUUCGAGACGACUAUACAAGUCGUUUAGAAAUAUACAGGGCGUAUUAUUACUUAUGAAUAAUCUAUUAUCAAUAUUUGACAAAUAUAUCGAAGAUUUUUUUAAAAAGAGGGAAUUUUUGAUGAGGAUUAAGCGGCGUUCACCUUAAGUAACCCAAUAUUCGACUUUUAUUUAAGUACAAGGACAGAAUAAAUGGAAUACGACCAAGUUUUGAAGCAAAAAAAUAUUCAAAACUAAUAUUUACGUAAAUUUUCAACGGUUUCUUUAUCAACGAAAU